UCUGUGACCCCAUCGCGGAUUCACAACGCACCGUCGACGGCCUAAUCGGAACUUCAUUUUCGGGAAACCCUACUAAAUAUUUCCUCUCUCUCUCUCUCUCCACCCCUAGGGUUUAUCUAUCUGUCAACCAAUACUACAAACCUAACUCCUUUUCUAUGUAGAGGAAGACUAGGUUGCAUAAACUCUGAACUCGAAUUCCAAGUGGCGAGAAGAUGACCAAGGUAUACGGCACCGGAGUGUUCGACUUCAAGCGCCAUCGCGUUGCGGAGUACCCGGUGGUCGAUGGCGGUGCUGCCGCGCAGCAGGUCCCCGAGAAGUCGCCGGAGUCGCAGAUGGGGUCGCCUCUGCCCAACUCCAUCACUCUGCUCGAGAUCCAGCGCGACCGCCUUACUAAAAUUGCUGUGGCCAAUUGGUCCAAGGCUGGGAGCGGGGAGGCCCCGAAGAAGCCCUUCAGUCCGGAACUGGUGAAGGAGAUUUACGAUACGGAGUUGCUGGUGAAGGGCGGCCGGAAGCCCGUCCCCCUUCAGAGGGUGAUGAUCUUGGAGGUGAGCCAGUACCUUGAGAAUUACCUGUGGCCCAAUUUCGAUCCCGAGGCGGCCACGUUUGAGCACGUGAUGUCGAUGAUACUCAUGAUCAAUGAGAAGUUUAGGGAGAAUGUAGCUGCUUGGAUUUGCUUUUAUGAAAGGAAAGACAUGUUCAAGGCAUUUCUUGAGAGGGUUCUUCGGCUUAAGGAGGGAAGAAGCUUAAGUAUUGCUGAGAAGACAAAUUACCUGGUUUUCAUGAUUAAUGCCUUUCAGAGCUUGGAAGAUGAGAUAGUGAGUAGAAACAUUUUAAGAUUAGCGAGUUUGCAGUGCUGGCAUAGUUUAUCAUAUGGUCGUUUCCAGAUGGAGCUUUCCGUGAAUCGUGAUCUCCUGAAGAAAUGGAAAAGGAUCACUAGAAAAGCUAAGGAAGCAACCAAACGGGGAGAGCUCUUCGAUCCCUCAGUAUUGGUUGAAGUGACAUUUGUGAGAAAUCUCAUUCAAGAGUUUCUGGAGAUACUUGAUUUGAAGGUUUUUCCAAAAAAACAUGACAACGAGGAUGGAAUGUUUGCUCUUAAUGGUUUUGAUGGAGUCGAUGAUGCUUGCAUAUUGUACUGUGAGAGGUUUAUGGAAUUUCUUAUAGAUCUCUUGAGUCAACUCCCAACUCGGAGGUUUUUAAAGCCUCUUGUUGCUGAUGUAGCUGUUGUCUCCAAAUGUCAUUUAAGUGCCCUAUACAGGCAUGAGAAGGGGAAACUGUUUGCUCAACUGGUUGACUUGCUCCAGUUUUAUGAAGGCUUUGAGAUUGAUGAUCGUUUAGGGAGACAAAUGACCGAUGAUGAGGUGCUUCAAUCUCAUUAUGACCGCCUCCAGGCUUUUCAGCUUCUUGCAUUUAAGAAGAUUCCCAAGUUGCGUGAACUUGCAUUGGCAAAUAUUGGGGCAAUUAACAGGCGCUCUGAUCUUUCAAAGAAACUUUCUGUACUUUCUCCAGAAGAGCUAAGGGACCUAGUCUGCUGCCAGCUCAAACUGGUGUCAAAAGAUGAUCCAUGGUCAGAAAGAGUUGAUUUUCUUGUUGAAGUUAUGGUUUCUUUUUUUGAGAAACAGAGAUCGCAGAAGGAGGCCAUAAACGCUCUUCCACUUUACCCAAAUGAGCAGAUAAUGUGGGAUGAAAGCCUUGUUCCAAGCAUCAACUACACUGGGGAAGGCUGUCUAGCACUCCCAAAACUUAAUUUACAGUUUCUGACUCUUCAUGAUUAUCUGCUUAGAAAUUUCAACCUUUUCCGCCUCGAGUCAACGUAUGAGAUCCGGGAGGAUAUCCAAGAAGCUGUGCCGCAUCUCCUUGCUCAUAUUGAUAAUGAGGGAGAGACUGGUUUCCGUGGUUGGUCUAGAAUGGCUGUGCCAAUUAAAGAAUUUAAGAUUAGUGAGGUAAAGCAGCCAAAUAUUGGAGAGGUGAAGCCAUCAUCUGUGACAGCAGAAGUUACUUUCAGCAUUUCUAGUUACAAGACUCAAAUACGAUCUGAAUGGAAUGCCCUUAAAGAACAUGAUGUUCUCUUUCUACUAUCUAUUCGCCCUACAUUUGAGCCCCUAAGUGCAGACGAAUCUGCAAAAGCAACUGUCCCUCAGAAACUUGGUCUUCAAUAUGUACGUGGUUGUGAAAUUAUUGAGAUCCGAGACGAGGAGGGAACCCUCAUGAAUGAUUUCACUGGGAGAAUUAAAAGGGAUGAAUGGAAGCCUGCGAAAGGUGAUCUGAGAACUGUAACUAUUGCUCUUGAUACCGCUCAAUACCAUAUGGAUGUCACUGAUAUAGCAGAGAAAGGAGCAGAAGAUGUUUAUGGUAACUUCAAUGUACUCAUGAGGAGGAAACCCAAGGAAAAUAAUUUCAAAGCCAUUUUAGAAUCCAUAAGAGAUUUGAUGAAUGAAACUUGUAUAGUUCCUGAUUGGUUGCAUGAUAUAUUUUUGGGGUAUGGUAACCCUUCUGCAGCACAGUGGACGAAUAUGCCAGAUCUCCUAGAUACAGUUGAUUUCAAAGAUACCUUCCUUGAUGCUGACCAUGUCACAGAGAGUUUCCCAGAUUAUCAGGUUUGUUUUAUAAAUUCCGAUGGCACAGAAAACUUGCAGCCAAAUCCCCCUUUUCGAAUUGCGCUUCCAAGGAAUCUGAAAGGGAAUGCUCAGGCCCUUCCUGGCAAUGAAAAGUCUUCUGUAACUUCAGUUAACGAUACUAAUAUGGUGGAUGCCAGUACUGAGAGGGAAAAACUUAUUGUUGAGGCUUAUGUUCCUCCUGACCCAGGUCCAUAUCCACAGGAUCAGCCAAAGCAGAAUUCAGUCAGAUUUACACCAAUACAGGUUGGAGCAAUAACCUCAGGUAUUCAGCCUGGAUUAACUAUGGUUGUUGGUCCACCUGGUACAGGGAAGACUGAUACAGCUGUGCAAAUCCUUAAUGUACUUUACCAUAACUGUCCAUCUCAGAGAACACUGAUAAUUACUCAUUCCAAUCAGGCUCUGAAUGAUAUUUUUGAAAAGAUAAUGCAGAGGGAUGUUCCUGCUCGCUAUCUUCUUCGGCUUGGUCAAGGUGAACAAGAAUUAGCAACUGAUCUUGACUUUAGUCGACAAGGUCGUGUGAAUGCUAUGCUUGUUCGACGAUUAGAACUGCUCAGUGAAGUAGAGAGGCUUGCUAGAUCUCUCCAGCUUCCUGAGGAUGUAGGUUACACUUGUGAAACUGCUGGAUACUUUUGGUUGCUUCAUGUCUACUCAAGGUGGGAGCAAUUCUUAGCUGCUUCUGCAGAGAAUCAAGAUAAACCAACAUUUGUUCAGGACCGAUUUCCUUUUAAGGAAUUCUUCUCCAAUACACCUCAGCCAGUGUUUUCGGGCCAGUCAUUUGAGAAAGACAUGCGAGCUGCUAAGGGUUGCUUUCGGCAUCUUAAAACAAUGUUUCAAGAACUUGAAGAGUGUAGGGCAUUUGAAUUGCUCAAGUCAACUGUUGAUCGAUCAAAUUACCUGAUGACUAAACAAGCCAAGAUUGUGGCAAUGACUUGCACUCAUGCGGCUCUAAAACGGAAGGAUUUUCUCCAGUUUGGGUUCAAAUAUGACAACCUGUUAAUGGAAGAAAGUGCCCAAAUUUUAGAGAUUGAAACAUUCAUUCCCAUGUUGCUCCAGAGGCAGGAAGAUGGUUAUGCGCGUCUUAAACGCUGCAUAUUGAUUGGUGAUCAUCACCAGUUGCCUCCUGUUGUGAAGAAUAUGGCUUUCCAAAAGUACAGUCACAUGGAUCAGAGUCUAUUCACAAGGUUUGUUCGUCUUGGGAUUCCUUACAUUGAGCUCAAUGCCCAAGGUAGAGCUAGGCCAAGUAUAGCCAGACUUUACAAUUGGCGGUAUAGAGAUUUGGGUGAUCUUCCAUAUGUGAAAAAAGAAGCUAUUUUCCAUAGAGCAAAUGCUGGAUUCUCUUAUGAAUAUCAGCUUGUGGAUGUUCCUGACUACCUUGGCAGAGGGGAGACUGCUCCUUCUCCUUGGUUUUACCAAAAUGUGGGGGAGGCUGAAUAUGUUGUUAGUGUCUAUAUGUACAUGCGUUUAUUAGGAUACCCUGCAAAUAGGAUAUCCAUCUUGACAACUUAUAAUGGACAGAAACUUCUGAUCCGGGAUGUUAUUGCCAGACGAUGUCUUCCAUACAACUUCAUUGGCCCACCCAACAAAGUUGCCACAGUUGAUAAGUUCCAAGGUCAGCAAAAUGAUAUUAUCUUGUUAUCUCUUGUGCGCACUCGGUUUGUGGGCCACCUUCGUGAUGUUAGAAGGUUGGUUGUUGCCAUGUCUCGUGCUCGACUUGGGCUUUAUGUUUUUUGUCGCCGUUCUCUUUUUGAACAGUGCUAUGAACUUCAGCCCACUUUUCAACUACUCCUUCAACGACCUGAUCACCUAGCCCUAAAUAUGAACGAGGUUGCACCAUUUACAGACCGUAAUGUUGAGGACACAUUACCAAUGCAUCUUGUCAGUGGUCUUGAAGAGAUGGAGAGCAUUGUCAAUUAUAAAAUUUAUCAGGCCCAAAUGAUGAGCCGUCAGUUCGAUCAGUUUUCUGCAUACCCCGGGCAUGUACCUUCAAUGGGUGCCACGGAGCAAAAUGGUCUGCAGAAUUUGGAGUCUGGGAUCACUUCGUUGGAAUCUGGUACGCCUUUGUCGGAUGGUGCACGUGAAAAUAUUCCACCUGAAGACCAGAUGGAAAAUACUCCACCUGAAGGCAGGUCAGCUGGAAGUACACAGACGGAACCUCUUGCAAAUGAACAUGGAGAAGAUCAAACCAAGAGCCUUUCAAAUGGAGAAGCUGAUACAGGAACUUCAAACAGUGAUAAACAUGCUGUGGCACUUGAAAGUAGUUCAAAUGAAGAUAGCAAAAUGGAAGAGUAAAGGAUGAAUGAUCAAUUGGAUGUGAGCUAGGACCUGUAUCCCAAUUCAUCUAUGUCAACUCCAACAUCAUCUGUUGGACGCCUGUUCCAAAUCAGCAGCCCAACUGCUGAGAUCAUUCAUGCGUAACUAGUACAUUGGCAUCACCUGCGUCUGCGUCAACGAUCAAGGAGGUUCUCGGUCAAAAAGCAUGACAAACUAUGUGCAAGGGCCUAGAGCCACGAAAGCUUCAAAUCUAUGAAAAUUGCAAGCCAUGCCAUUCCUGUCCUAUCCAUACUGCAUUGAGAUUAUUGGCCAGGAGCAUGAUCUGGCUGCUUCGCCUAGCCACGUCAUUGAUGAAUUUUUCUCUAGAAACUCCUUUUCCUUUACUCCCCUUUUUGUACAUCGGCGGCAGGCAGGCAGGCGAGAAUGUAACAGCAGAGGUGUACAGAACAUGUAGACACUGCUUUAUGUGCUUAUUUUAAAUCUUGAAAUUCUGAGAAA